AUGGGAGUUUGUGCGCCGAAGGAACAUGACUUAGUUAAACCUCUCAAAGGUAAGCUAUUACCAAUAUCCGCAAUAACAAACAACUCAAGGCUCGACAGUAAUAUCUAAACAGGUAUCACAGAACAAUAUGAUUUCAUAAGAGUAAUUGGCUAUGGCCAAUUUGGUACGGUUCGAGAAGCUACAAAAUCAGAUCAAACAAACACAGAUACACCCAAUUUAAAGCACUACGCAAUAAAAUCAAUCAGUAAAAGCCGCGUAAAAGACCAUUUACCAUUAUUGCAAAACGAAUUGUCAAUUCUUAGACUAGUUGAUCACCCAAAUAUCAUAAAACUUUAUGAAAUUUAUGAAGACUCUCUAUAUAUCCAUUUAGUUACAGAGUUAUGCAUGGGAGGAGAUUUAUAUGAGUAUUUAUCAGAAAAAGAAAACCUAAAUGAACUAGAAGUAGCAAAAAUUAUGAUGAAAAUUCUAACAGCUGUUAAUCAUUUGCAUAUUCUGCAUAUAUGCCAUAGGGAUCUAAAGCCAGAAAAUGUGAUGUUUACUAACCAAAACGAAGAUAGAGAGCUUAAACUAAUUGAUUUUGGGCUCUCUGCAAAAUAUAGUGAUGAAAUGCUGGAAAGUAUGGUAGGCACUCCAUAUUAUCUAGCUCCUGAAGUGCUUAAAGGAUCAUACAGCAAAGAAUGCGACGUAUGAUCACUAGGAGUCAUAAUGUAUUUACUUCUAUCAGGUAAACACCCAUUUAAAGGCUCAACAAUGAGAGAUCUAUUCCGAAAUAUUUAUAAUGGCCAAUAUUCUUUUAUAGAACCCAUAUGAAGCAAAAUAUCUAGUCAAGCUAAAAAUCUGAUAGCAAGAAUGCUUGCUGUCAAUCCUGAAACCAGAAUUACAGUCCAGGAAGCCCUUAGACAUGAAUGGUUUGUUAUUGUAAAAUCAAACACCCAGCCAAAAAUCAACCUUGAAGUAUUUUCUUCAAUAAAGCGAAACAAAGCUAAAAGCAAGCUAUGACAAGUAGCCAUGAGAGUUUUAGUUAGAAAUUUAUCCCCAGAACAAAUUGAUGACUUAAAAAACAUGUUCUUCGAAAUCGACCAAAGGAAAACAGGAUUUGUCACAGCUCAUGAUAUAGAAGUCUGUAUGAAUAAAAAUGGUUAUGAGCUUGCAAGAGAAGAAUUCAAAGAACUUACGUCAAAAAUUUCAGAAAUAGGGAAAGGUAGGCUUAAUUAUACACAAUUUUUAAUAGCUGCACUUGAUAGAAAACAGAUUUUUGAAGAAGAGAACUUGUGGAACGUUUUUAGGGUAUUUGAUCAUGUAAAAGCUAUGUAGGAUGGCAAUGGGUGCAUAAAUUUAAGUGACUUGAAGUUUGCCUUAGAAAAGGCUGGCUGCUAUAUUUCUGAUAGCGAGUAUCUUAAUCUUAAUUAACAGACUUGGCUUUCGCCUAAUUUUAACCAAUCACCGAAGGUCUCCUAGAAGACUCAACAGCUUUACGACCGUGCCUAUCACCAGGACGGCAGUGCUUCCAUCUUGCCUUGCGGCUCCAAUGUUGAGUGGGUAAUCUUUCUGAUAGCGAGUAUCAAGAAAUUCUUGAAGAAUUUGAGCUGAAAUUUUGCGAAAAACUGGAUUAUGAUGAGUUCAGGAACAUUAUGGGCUGUACAUUUUAUUUAGGCUUCUCUGAGGUACAAACUGCUGAAAACUCAAUGUUUUUGAGUGAAAAUACGAUGAUAAGGAGAACGAUUAGAAAGCUUUCUAGUAGAAAGAUAACUACAAGAAGAGCAUCUGUAUAUGAAGCUAUGAGAAGGGUGAGAAGAGCAACUGAUAUGCCAAGAAGCGUCAAAGACAGCAUUUAA